AUGCUAUCUGGAAACAAAUCUUCGAAUGUCGUGAUCAACGACAAGAGUUUCAAUACUGAAACAGAACCCCCACAGUUACUUAAACAAGAACGCGAAAAUGUCCCUUUUACUGUCAGGGAUAUCACUCAUUACUUGAAUGGAAGUGUUGAACAGACUGAAAUCCUAGAAUAUGCCAUGCAGCGUGUUGAACGCGAUCCUCUUUUUAACAAUGAUGCCUUUUAUGAUCUCACCAAGGACGAAAUUCGUGAACUUUGUUUCAAAAGAGUUGCUAAUUUGGCCAAGUACCUUUUGGAUUCAAGAAAGGAUGGGACAGAUUUCCGCAGAUACUUUGACGCUGUUAGUGUUGCUGACCCUGCUGCGGUUACAAGACUUGGUGUUUACACUGGUCUUUUUAUGAACUCAAUUGAAGGAUCAGGAACCCCUGAGCAAAUAAAAUUCUGGUAUUCUUUGGGUGCAAACGAAUACAAGCGUUUUUACGGGUGCUUCGGUAUGACAGAAUUAGGUCAUGGCUCCAACGUUGCUGGUAUGGAAACGGAAGCAGUUUUUGAUUCUGAAACAGACGAGUUCAUCAUCAACACGCCUAACCUCGCUGCCACUAAGUGGUGGAUUGGUGGUGCUGCUCAUUCCGCUACUCACUGUGUUUGUUUUGCUCGGAUGAUCAUCAAGGGUAAGGAUUACGGCAUGAAAUCUUUUGUUGUGCCUCUCAGAGACGUUGACUCCUUUAAUCUUCUUCCUGGCAUUGCCAUUGGUGAUAUCGGUAAAAAGAUGGGCCGUGACGGUGUCGAUAAUGGUUGGAUCCAAUUCACAAAAGUUCGCAUUCCUCGCCAAUUUCUUUUGAUGAGAUACACCAAGGUCGACAGAAGUGGUAAUGUAACAGAACCCCCACUCAACCAGCUUGCAUAUGGUGCUCUUGUUUCUGCUCGUGUCAACAUUGCAGUUGAAUCCUUCAAUACUGCUCGCCGAUUUAUCACAAUAGCCAUUCGUUAUGCUGCCAUCCGUCGCCAGUUUGCUUCUGUUCCUGGGCAGCCAGAAACCAAGAUUCUUGAUUAUCCAUUGCACCAGCGCCGAUUGCUUCCACGCCUGGCUUUGACCUAUGCCAUGAAUGCUGUUUCUAUGGAGCUCCGUGAUAACUAUGACCGUAUUAACAACAGUCUUUUGAAUGUUAAUCAAAAUGACAAGGCUGCCUUGAAAAAAGCUGUUAAUGACACUAAGGAGAUCUUUGCUCUUUCUGCCGGUGUCAAGGCCUUUACUACAUGGGCCACUGCCGAUAUUAUUGAUGAGUGCCGUCAAGCUUGCGGUGGCCAUGGAUACUCUGGCUACAAUGGCUUUGGUCAAGGUUAUGCUGAUUGGGCUGUUCAGUGUACCUGGGAUGGUGAUAACAAUGUUUUGGUUUUGUCUAUGGGCCGUGCCCUUAUUCAGGCUGCUUGCGAUGCUAAGCGAAGUAAGCCUGUUGGUGAACCUUUUGAAUACCUGUCUAGACAUGGCCAGCUCAAAAGUUCCAAGCUUGGAAGCAGAAAAAUUGACUCCCCUGAAGUUAUUGUGGAAGCUUGGGAGGCUGCAGCUGCUAAUGCUUUGAUUAGCUCUUCAGAAAUUUACGAGGAGGAGCUGGCCAAGGUCAAGGGAAAUGUGGCCCAGGCUAUGGAGGCUGCAUCUCAGCAGCGUUUCGAGUCUGCUCGUAUUCACACAAGACUUUACCAUGUUACUGCGUUUUUCAACCGCAUUAAAAACAGUUCGAGCAGUGGCAUUAAGCCUGUUCUAACCGACCUUGCCAUUCUGUUUGGUCUUUGGGCUAUUGAGAAGGAUGCUGCUCUUUUCUUGACGUCGGGCUUUCUUUCAGCCCAGGACAUUAAGAAUAUCACCAAGCUUGUUGACGUUUAUAACCUCAAGAUUCGCAACUACGCCAUUCCUUUGACCGAUGCCUUCAACUUGUCUGACUACUACAUCAACUCUCCGAUUGGAAACUAUGAUGGUGAUGUUUACAAGAACUAUUUCAAUAAGGUUGUUCGAAGAAACCCUGGUUAUGAUGCCAAGGCACCUUACUACGAGUCAGUAGCUAAACCUUUCAUCCAAAGAUCGGACGAGCCUAAGCUGGAUCUUUCAGUGCUUGAUGAGUAG